GCGAGCCCUCCUCACCCCACAGGGGAGGCCCUGGUUGCCCAGCAACCAGCUGGGCUCCUCCUAGGGCUUGCCUGGGAUGGCCCGUUGCCUGGCAACCAGGCAGCAGAGUCCCUUGAGCCCAGCCAGACCACACAGUUGGGCCCAGCCUUGGCUGGCUUCUGUCUGCCUAGGGGACCCCUGGGACCCUGUUUUUAUUCCCCGAGAUCAAAGCAACAAGUGCCUCUGUCCACAAUGAAUGUCGUCCUCUCCAGGGACAGUCAGGUGAGGGCCAUGGAGAACACCGUGACCAACGCGGAGAGGUAUUUUGGUCAGUUCUGCUCGCUGCUGGCCUCCUACACGCGCAAGACAGCCCGGCUGCGCGACAAGGCUGACCAGCUGGUGAAGCAGCUGAUGGACUUUGCCAACACCGAGAACCCGGAGUUGCGGGCUACCAUGAAAGACUUUGCGGAGGACCUGGCCAAGGUGCAGGAUUACCGGCAGGCAGAGGUCGAGAGGCUGGAGGCCAAGGUCAUCAGCCCUUUGAAGCUCUACGGUGCCCAGAUAAAGCAGACCCGGGCAGAUAUCAAGAAAUGUAAACGUGUCCAAAAUAAUGAGAUCAAACAACUGGAAAAGCUGGAGAAACUGAGGCAGAAGUCACCCUCAGACCGUCAAAUGAUUAGCCAGGCGGAGACCAGUGCACAGAGAGCCUCCGUGGACACUAACCGCUCUACCCACCACCUGGCAGAGACAGUGGAUGCCUUCCAGGAGCAGAAGCUAAAAGACCUCCGGAGAAUCUUCUCGGACUUUGUGACCAUCGAGAUGGUCUUCCAUGCAAAGGCAGUGGAGGUGUAUUCCAGUGCUUUCAGGACCCUGGAGAGCUACGACCUGGAGAGAGACCUGCAGGACUUCAGAGCCAAGAUGCAUGGAACUUAUGGGCACAGCGAAGCUCGGCCGCUGGCAGAUGCCAGCCCCUCUCUAUCUGUCCCUUGGCCUCUGGCCAGCCAGAGUGUUCAGAGCACCAUGGCACACCAGGGGAAAGAUGAGGAGGAGAGUGAGGCUGACUCUGUGGAGGAGAUCCCCCUGGAGGACCUCAAGGGACAGCAGCAGGGACGCCGUGACUAGGAAGAGGAUCCUGUGGCAGGUGGAAGGCCUAGGCUGGCCUGGACCUUGGUGGGCUCUGCUGGUGUCCUCGGUCAGGGAUCCCCGGGGCCUCUUUCUUUAUCAGCACAGUAGACUGCUCUGCAGACUCAGAUUCCUGGUGUCAGUGAAAGACAUGUGACUUUCAACCGCACCCUUGCUUUGUCUGCUUCCUGCCUUCAUCUGGGGACAGGAGUCUCCACACUAUGUUAAUACUAAAGCAUGGUACAUUAGUUUUGGGGGUCUUCCCAGUCAAGUACCACCAACUGGGAGGAUCCUCAGGCACCUGUCCAGCUUCUGGCAGGUGCGGCCUGUUCCUGUGGCCAUGACACCCAAUGUCUGCUUUUGAUUCUACAUGGUGUUCUCCUUAAGUGAAUCAAGGUCUGUGCCCAAAUGCCCCCUUCUGUAAGCUCAGGACCCCUGCUGUGGCUGCCUCCCAAACCUUCCACAAGGACCAUUUGCAGGCUCUGCACCCAAGGACUUAACUCUUCAGUGCAUGAACUUGGCAGAUGGGCACACAUCUCAGUCAUUACGCAGACAUGACAUGAUGUAUACGGUGGCCAUGGGGCCAUAAACACACAGAGGUCCACAGUGGGGGUAGGUAGUGGAUAGGUGGACACCUCCAGGAGCAUGUGUGGAGUGAUCCCUUGGCAUACUCCUCAAGGUAUCUGAGGGAUCUGUUCCCUAGGAAGAAUGAGGCCAUCGUGAGCAUGCCAAGGUCCUAGACUCAUGUGAGAGAGGAGGAUGUCUCUGUCUUUUACACCUUGGUUCCACAGACAACUUGGGUAAGCCUUCAGGCUUGAUCACCACCUAGGCAUUAGGAUGCCCCUGACCCUGCCUCCUCUCUGAGCCAAAGCACCCCCACCCCCUCUCCUACCUGGGAGUAACAGGUGUCAGACCCCGAUUUGGCCCCACAUGGCACGUGGUGGUCAGGUCUAGGGAGGCCCACAUGUCCAAGCAGCAGGCCCACACUCUGUCCUCAGGCAAACUCUAACCCAGCCUCUGAGUCUAGUCAGCCAAGUACAAGUGGGGGUGGGGGGGUACCUAUUUCUGCGAGGCCAGUGACGUGACUAUGUAUUCCGUGAAGUCCUCACAGAUAUGUGAAAACAAGCUAAUCUGACUUCUUUUUAAAAGAUAAUUUAUUUCAGUUUCCACCUCCUGACAAGCCAAGGUACUAUAUAUAUAUGGAUACACAUUUUUUUUUUCUUCACAGGAAACAGCACUGCCUGAGAUCUUCGACCUCAUAACUUUCUCAACCUUAAUUUUAGAACAUGACCUGGCAGGGCACAAAGUUGUGUAACUAACAUAUAAAACACAGCAUCACUGGGGGCUUCUGGCAACAAAUGGGUGUGGAACCCCAAGAGAGAACAGACUGUGCAGGUGGAGUCCCCACAGAAACUGCACUGGAAACCGGGUAUAGCCUAGGCAGCCGAUGGUCCAGGUCCUGACAUACGCUCCAUGGGAUACAUGCCUGCUGUCUGAGACUAGUAUCUCCCAACAGUCUAACUCAUCCGUCCCAAGGUAUCCCCAUUUGAAUGAAGUGACAAUCUCAGACCACUAAGCUAGUGCCUCUUGCAAGAGUGGUGGUGAGUCAACCUUCUUCCUCAAGCAGGGUCUCUUUCCUCCUUUCCAUGAAUAUAUCUAUCAUCUAGGAGUAAGGAUGGGCCAGGGUCAGCGUAAGCUCAGGAUCAAAGCCAAGGCAAUUCAUGGACGGGGUUGGUUCUAGAUAAAGUGCUAUCUCUAAAGUUGUAGCUUAGGUGAGCAAGGCUUGCAGCUGGGCCCAUGCCACUUCCUGUCAGAGCCUGGAGUCUACAGUGAAGCUGGUCCCCCAAAUCACUAAUUUCCUGAGGAGUCCCCUGAACACAGCCUGACUGGGGUGGUGCUUCCAGCUCUGUGCUCAUCUGCUCUUCAAAGCUCAGACCAGUUGGUACAUUGGUAUAAGCUGCCCUGUCACCCUGCAGCUGGGCAAACUGGCCCCCACCACACCUUGGACUCCAUUCCUCACCAGGAGCAGGUGACCCAGAGACUCCAAGGGAAUUAUGGUACUGAAUGAAGGCCUUGCAGGAGCCUGUCACAGAAGAUGGCCUUAGUAGGGGUGUGUUCACCAGAUGUGAGAAGCCUGGAUAAGAUAGGUCUACUCACAUCUUGACCUAACAGUGUGCUCCUGUUCCUGGCCUGAUGAAGUGGAGUGCAGGAGCCCAGCCUGCAAAAGGCCUGUCCAGUCAACGAGGUCCACUCUGUGGGCAUCUACUGGCAGCUUCUCAUGCUAAACAAACCUGAGGCUGUGGCUGCGAGGCUGGAUCUGAAGGACACAUGGGUGAAGGCAGCUCAGCCCUUAGCAAGGGCUCUGCAGAGCUGGCUUGGAAGGUGGGAAGAGUGGAGGUAGGAGCCUGGAACCAAGGACCCUCUGCUGAGGAGGGUUCUCCUACCGUUCCCCCGAGGCUAUGGGGCCAGUGCCACCCCCUAAAGUCCCUUCCUACCGUGUUCCACACAAGGAUCCUCCUGGCUGUCCGACUGCAGUCUGGGAACUGGAAUAAAGCUGCUCUAGCUGCGCCAGCCCAGAAUGAAAAACCAACUAGUCAGUGUGACCCAGGAAGGUUAAGGUUGAGUGUGAGUCUACGGCCUGGGACUAUUAAGGUCACCAGAGUCAGACCUCAGCUUUUCACAUAGUUUCCAGCAGAGAAGUUUGGGUCCCUCACACCAGUAACCUGGAGUGUCAGGUGUUUCUAGAGUAGUGCACUGUCCCUGGAGCCUACAGUGUCCCUGGGCUACAGAAACAGGGACAGAACACUGACUGCUUCCUCUCAGCUGAGCUGGGACAAGGCAGGCCAUGAGUCCUCCAUUUGCAUCAGGCCAAUUCUUGGCUCUAAGCCCAUCCUCCGUUCUCAGGGUCACCUUUUACUUUUUUUUUUUUUUUCCUUGACAUCAGGUCUCAUGUGGCCCAGGCUGGCUUUGAACCCCCUAUGUGGCUGGGGAUGACCUUGAACUCCUGAUCCUCCUGCCUUCACCUCCUGAGGGAUUGCAGGUCUCCACUGGGCCCAGCCAGGAAGACCUCCUUUCUGUGUGAAUGGAGCUUGAAAACUAGCUUUGUCUGCGGUCCUCUUAAGAUACUGAGUUUCUCAGCCCGAUUGUUUCUUGGACAAGGGGAAAAUCACGGUCUUCCAGGCUGCACAAUGCAGAUCUCUCAAUAUACCACAGCUCUGCCUGUGGCUAGACACUCAGCAGAGGUAGCCUAGAGGCUGCCACACUCUGCCUCCUACACCCACACUACCCUAACAUAGCCGACCACAGCAGAGUGGCAGCUUA